GGAGCAGAGCCUGGCGGCACCGGCACCGGUAACGGCAGCGGCGGGCGGGGACGGGGGAACAUCCAGAGACCCGCGGGCGGGGUGCGGGGCCGGGGUGCGGGGUUUGGGUUGGGGUUGUGGUUAGGGUUAGGGUGCAGGGUCAGGGGUCAGGUUAGGUUAGGGUUAGGGUGCGGGCAGCCCGGCGGCACCAUGCCCGUCGGGACCCCCAUCCCCCGGUCCUCCUCCGCCCCGUCCUCCCGCCCCGUGCCCCGUCCCCGUGGGGGAUGCUGAGUGCCACCAGCCGGUCCCCGCGGCCGGGCCGCCGUCCGUCGCCAUGCAGAGCCCCGCGGGCGGUUACUCGGCGCAGGCCACCGCCGCCAUCGCUGCCGCCAUCACCUUCCUGGUGCUGUUCACCAUCGCGGGCAAUGCUCUGGUGAUCCUGGCCGUGCUGACCAGCCGCUCGCUGCGGGCGCCCCAGAACCUCUUCCUGGUGUCUCUGGCGGCUGCCGACAUCCUGGUGGCCGUCCUCAUCAUCCCCUUCUCGUUGGCCAACGAGCUGCUGGGCUACUGGUACUUCCAGAAGGCGUGGUGCGAGAUCUACCUGGCGCUGGACGUGCUCUUCUGCACCUCCUCCAUCGUCCACCUCUGCGCCAUCAGCCUGGACCGCUACUGGUCCGUCAGCUGCGCCGUGGAGUACAACGCCAAGCGCACGCCGCGCCGCGUCAAGUGCGGCAUCGGCAUCGUGUGGAGCAUCGCCGCCGCCAUCUCGCUGCCGCCGCUGGUCUAUAAGGGCGAGAAGAAGGCAGCCGCGGGCGGGCGGCCGCAGUGCAAGCUGAACGAGGAGGCCUGGUACGUCCUCUCCUCCAGCGUCGGCUCCUUCUUCGCGCCGUGCCUCAUCAUGAUCCUCGUCUACCUGCGCAUCUACCUGAUCGCCCGGCGCCGGCACCGCCGCCAGCCCCGCGCCGCCCCCGGCCCCCCCCAGCGCCGCACCCGCCGCCCAGGGGACACCCCGGCCCCCCGGCCCCUGCCUGCAGACCGGACCUCGCUGCUGGGCGCCGGCGAGGUGGCGGCAGCACCCGGUGGGUCCCCGCAGCCGUCGGGGCGGCCCAGGGACACCGUGGCCACGGGGAUGGGGCGCGUGGUGUUGGCGCCGGCGCUGAGCCCCGCUCCGUGGCGGAGGAAGGCGCAGGUGAACCGGGAGAAGCGCUUCACCUUCGUGUUGGCCGUGGUCAUCGGUGUCUUCGUGCUCUGCUGGUUCCCCUUUUUCUUCCUCUACAGCCUGGGCGCCGUCUGCCCGCGGCGCUGCAAAGUGCCCGACGGCGUCUUCCAGUUCUUCUUCUGGAUCGGGUACUGCAACAGCUCCCUCAACCCCGUCAUCUACACCGCCUUCAACCGCGACUUCCGCAGGGCCUUCCGCCGCAUCCUCUGCCGCCGCAGCGCCCGCACGGCGUGGUGAGGGGCUCUGCCCCCUCGGUGGCUCCCAGCCCGUCCUGCUGCCUGCUGCUCCUUUUCCCCUUUUCCUCCCCUUCCCUCCCUCUAUUGCUUCUUCCCUUGCCCGCCGCCCUGCAGGUUUGGGGCACGCACAGCCCCAUAUGUUCCCAUCCCACUGACAGCGCUGCGCGGGGGCUGCGUUUGGGGGGCGGCGUUUCUCCCCGCCCCGCGCGCGGUGCUCCCCGAGAAAUCAGGGGCAAUUUCCCCCUUCUCCCCAUCUUCCCCACAUUUCAGGUGUCCCGGCGACUGCCGCCUUUUAACAAUAAAAGGUAUUUUGUAGUCA